AUGGAGACUCUGGGCGAGUCUAGUACAUCUUAUCAACAGACAAGUAUUGCCAGACCCACACGCCCAGGGCCUCACUAUUCUCGAGUGCACAAUUUGGAUGCGAAAUUCUUCUUGAAUCGCCCAUCGGAGGAUCUCAUCCCUCCAAAAUAUCUGAGACGAGCAGAGCAUACGACCACUAUUCGGCGCAAACCCUGGAUUUUCCGUGGAUCUGUCGAGGAUGCUCGUUAUGUUGACCAGAGUGACUGGUCCAAAGUCGACAUCCGAUACAGAGGAGUCUUCAAGUCUCUUGCCAAAGUUCCUGAUUUCUCGAAGGGAUUGUGGGAUGGCGGGUCUGAAGAGCAUAUGAUUUCAACCGAUUACAAGAACAUGCGAAGCCAGGGGCAGGUUGUCUACGCUUUGAUGAGUGAGGUUGGAGAGAUGAUUGAUCUGCAGCGACCUAUCCGAGAAGGCGAUGCUUUUUUUUUCUUGAGACCCCGACUUGUAUCCACCACGCUAGAAUACUGGACCGGAUAUAGGGAGAAACACAGGGAUGGGCCCAAUACUUCUGGAUUUCUCUCGCUGGAAUUUGAGCCUGAUAAUGGUCUGUGCCUGCCAAUAUUACCUGUGUCUACAACAACAAAGGAAGAACACCUUAUUUCAGCCCUGAAAGAAAAGUUCAAGCUAAUCCUGGGCCAACUCCUCCUUCACGUUCGCCCCCUGCACAUUCCCGGCGACAAACUCCCAGACCAAGAAAUAUUCCUUCUAGGUCUUCACGGCUCAAAGCUCCACCUCAUGCGUGCCUACUUUCCGGGCCAGAAAAUAUCCAGCCUCUGGUGCCGUCGCGAAGUCCCAGGCCCAACACCGGUGCUAUUCCCACCUACCCACCGCCGCCGAGCACAGUCCUCGCCUUCAGCACCACACGCAGUACACGUCGAGAACUACGACGCUGAUACGGAAGAUGAUUAUGAUAAUACGGAUGUAACAAUGAAACACUCUCCCGCCACAGGAGCGAAUACCAACAAAGACCUAGGCAUGGCUAAAUCCUUCCGUCCUUCAACCUGUCGAAGCCGCGCUACUUCUCUCCGCAGCCCCCGUUUCUACGGAGCAGAGAACAUGGAGCGUAUUCGUCGCCAUAUCGAAACCACCCGUCUACGCAGACUUGAUUACGAGCCGAAUCCGCGCACUUUCCGUGUCCUUGCCACGCGGGAGUACGAUCUAUGGGCGAGACAGGAUUUCACAGCUGCGGUACAACUACUGGCUGCGUUGCAUAUGUACCUGCUAAGCGGGGAGGCAAAAUGCGGAGCCAUCCAAGAAUUAUUCGCGAAACAUCCUGUCAAUGGCGGAGAUGGAGAAGAUUCAGGUUCAGAUUCAGAAUCUGAUUGCCUAUUUCCCGGUGUCCACUCCGAAGAAGAGAGGAAUGAGUCGGUGAGGGAGCAUAUCAAAAAUAAGGAGAACAUGAUUGCAGAGCAGGAAGAGAGGUUGCGACUUGAUCAGAUUGCGAGAUGGGCGGGGGAGGACCAUGCGACUAGGCUCUCGGAGACGAUGAAGAUUGGGGCUGAGGAUGGGAUUUCUAGCUUGCGGGAAGCGAGGAAGCCUUGGUGGGAAUGUAUUUGGAAUGACCAGGAGGAGAGAUUGAAGGAUCGCACUGAUGAAGAUGAGGAGAUGAAUGUGGGGAUGAAUAUGUAA